CGACUGUGUGACGGUAAUCUCUAGGAGGAGCAAGAGCCAAAGGUCUCAUCCAGACCACAGUAAAAGAGAAGCUUCCCCCUGAAUGUCGUCCGGCAUGGAGGGGAUCGCGGGAAGUAUUCUACUGCUCUGCCUGAUCAGCUUAACUCACGCGAAUACCAGCCCUGUAAUCCACACAAAGGUUUACCAUUUGUGUGAAGACAUCCCCAAAGGUGCAGUUGCAUUUACUAUAGAUGCAACAGACGCAGAAAAUGAUAAGCUGACGUAUUCUCUCAAUGGGCCCAAUGCCAUAUACUUCAAGGUCGACACUAACACUGGGAUUGUAAAAAUCCGUAGCCCGCUAGACAGAGAGAGUGAUGACGUUUUGGAUCUGGGAAUUGUUGUCUCUGAUGGUCGAUAUGCUAAAGCUGAAAACUUAAUCCUAAUAUUACAAGAUGCCAAUGACAACAAACCUAUAUUCAAGGAGUCUUCAUAUGAUGUCGAGGUCCCAGAGAAUACAGGUGUAGGUACAUCUCUGUUCAAGGUAGAGGCUAUUGAUGAAGACACUUCCAGUGGAGGCUCUGUUCAAUACAGCAUUGCUGAAGUCACUCCAAAUGAUGGAUUCAGUCUGUUCAGCGUCGUAAACACAACUGGCGUGGUCAAGUUAGCGGGACAUCUGAACUAUACCGCACUGAGCAUCUUCUAUCGGCUUAAGAUUAAAGCAACUGAUGGUGGAGGCCGGUGUUAUUUCAAUGAAACAAAGUACUUCUCAAGUGUAGUCUUUUCCUUCAUUACGGUUGUGGACAUCCCAGACGUGAACCCACAGUUCAUGGGGGUUCCCUACGCAGGGAAAGUGGCGGAGAAUUCUCCGUUGAACUUGUCUGUGUUUAAAGUGUUGGCCAUAGACCUAGACACAGGAGUCAAUGAUGUCAUCAACUACAGCAUUGAAGAUUCGACACCAGAGGGCCUAUUUCAAAUCUCAAGAACUGAUGGCGUCAUAUCGGUGAUGUCAGCAAUUGACAGAGAGGUUGUUGGUGAUAUUGUUAACCUGACUAUAAAGGCCACAGAGUCUAAAUUGAACAGUCACGGGUUACCAGCCAGCACCACUGCAACUGUACUGAUCACCAUCAUUGACGUCAAUGACAUCAAACCAGAGUUUUACGUAUGUGGAGCCCUGAGAGACGAGCUCCCCUGCAAGAAGGAGACUCACUUCACAGGAGAGGUCUUUGAGCACUCCCUGGGGUUGAUACCCAUCAACAUGACGGUCAAAGACAACGAUAAGAUUUCCCGCACUAAGCUCAUCCUGGAGGGAGCUGACAAGGACGUGUUUGCUGUGGAACCUCAGUAUACCUCAUCCGACAGCAUCGUUCAGCUCCUGGUCAAGCAGCCCCAGAUAUUGGAUUUUGAAGAGACACAGCAAAUGGUCCUACAGGUGGUUGCCAUAGAUGAAGACGAACCCAGCUUCCGCUCCACUGCUACGGUUACCAUUACCAUCAAGGACACCAAUGACAACAGCCCCACGUUCCAACACGACACGUUCAGGUUGAGAGUAUCUGAGCACUCUCCCGCUGGGACCAUAGUGGCCAACAUCACUGCAGAAGAUCCUGACACGAUGGAUCAAGGCAACAUCACCUACAGACUUCUUCCAGACAGCAUACUGCCGUAUUUUGAUGUGGAGCCACACACGGGCCAGAUUUAUGUGGUAAACGGAACUCUGUUGGAUCACGAGGGCAGAUCUCUAUAUUCAGCGACCCUGCAGGCCAGAGACACGGACGGCAAGCCCGCCAGCACAGUGCUGGAGAUCACCGUGACUGACAUCAACGACGAGCAUCCAGUCUUCAACAGAGACUCUUACCUGGUGUUUGUGGAAGAGGGUGGACAGCUUGAAGUUAAGAUAGAGGCUACUGAUGCAGAUGCCCCUGAUACAGUAAACAGCCAAAUCGUGUAUGGAAUCGAGCUGAGCAGGUACAGCGAUAACUUCACCAUCGACCCAAACACAGGCGUGUUGAAAAACAGUGGCGUGCUGGAUCGCGAGGCCCUGGCCCCGGAUCUGGAUGGGAGGCUGGAACUCAACGUAACUGCCACUGACAAAGGAACUCCGCCGUUGUCCAGCGUCGUCGAAGUUGUCAUCAAUAUAGAGGAUAUCAAUGACAACAUACCACAAUUCGGGGCCUCCUCUUACAAUUUCUCUGUGAAAGAAGGAGAACAGGGUGCGUAUGUGGGUUCUGUUUACGCCGAGGAUUUGGACCAAACGACAGACUUUAAUCGCAUUUCCUUCAGCAUCAUCGAUGGAAGCUUUGGCAGCUUCAUCAUUCGCACCUUUGCAGACGAGCGGGGCUACAGGGGGAACAUCACCGUGGACCCGGACAUUGAGCUGGACUAUGAGAGCGCCCGCAAGCAAUUCAAACUGAGGGUAGAGGCAACGGAUCUGGAGCAGAAGAAGGCCGUAGCCACGGUGGUGGUGAACGUGUUGGAUGUGAAUGACGAGAGGCCCGAGUUCAAGCCGACAGACCCUGUGUCGGUAAAGGAGAACACCACCAUCAGUGGGGCUGUCGGGAGUUUCUCAGGGCAGGACAAAGAUGGAAACUACUCACUGGUGUACAAGCUGGAAUCCAUGAAAUGCAGAUGCAACGGCUCGCUGACACCCUGCAACUGGUUUAUCCUCGAGCCAACAGGGGAAGUCCGACUCAACCCAGAGUCCACGGCGGAUUAUGAAGAAUGUGACCAGGCGGUGGUGGAGGCAGAGGUGGUGGACGAGUACACAGAGAAGGGAGAAAACAGCAGUGUUACCACAGGACAAAUGGUGAUCAACAUUAUAGACAUCAACGACAAUGCUCCAGAGUUCAUCCCCUCAGAUUCUGUGUUUGUCGUGGUGUCGGAGAGCGCAAGUAAAGGGACGUCCGUUGCAGGAGUCACUGCAACAGAUCCUGACUCUGGAGUAAACAGGCAGAUUGAUUUUAAAGUAACAGAAGUCCAAUUCGAAGACACCAACAAUCAGACAAGUGACAUGAGGACGCUGUUUGAGGCCGUCACCACUCAGCAAAAGGAUAUUUACGUCGGGAUUAUUCAAACAACCGAAGGGCUUGAAAUGUCACUGAAGGGGAAGUAUCUAGUAACGGUUACUGCAACUGACACCGGCGGGCUCUCCAGCAGCACCGUCCUGGAUAUUUUCACAGUUGACGAAUCGUACAAAGUCGAACUUCAGUUUACAAGAAGCGUAGAGGAAGUUGAACUAAAUCGCAAUAUAAUCAUCAGGUCGCUUACCGCUGCCACCAAAGCUGCUGUGGAAGUUGUCGCAAUCAAGUCUGAGACUACCGAAGCAUCCAGGGCUUCAGCCAUCACUGUCAUGGUGGCAUAUUUUGUGUACUCCAACGGGACGGCUCUCACCUCCAAUGAAGUGGAAAGGAUGGUCUCUGGUCCGGAGCAUUAUCCUGUGCUCGCUGACCUUGGCCUCAGGUACAUUGGGAAGCCUUCUGUGAACGAUCCAGACAUAGACGCUCUGAAGUACAUACUGCUGGGGAUGGUGGGAGGCCUCGUCAUCGUGCUGGCUAUCCUCACCACCUCCCUCAUGUGCACACGCAGAAACUACAGGAGGAAGCUGAAGGCAGCCAAAGCCAUGAACUCUGCAUCCAUGGUGACGUCUGACAACCAGAAAAGUGGCCCUGUGGUACCUGGCACCAACAAGUACACGAUGGAGGGGGCCAAUCCUGUUCUCAACCUCAACAUGGUCCUCGACUUGGACGAGGAAAGUUCCGACGUGGACAAAGUCAGCCUCAACUCCCUAGACUACACUGAUGACAUGUCCGUUCAUGGAAAUGACAUAAAAACUAACAUGCUGAUGAUCGAGGAGGAGGAGGAGGAGGACUACGACGACAGCGGGCCACCAGAGUACAUUGAGCCUCUGGGUGCGGCGCUGGCCCAGCGGGGGAAGAAAUUAGACAAACCUCAUGUGGGUUUUAACAACCCUGCAUUCAGCACCACAGACCUGUGAUGAAAUAAUGGAGAGAGGCGCCAAGCUCAGGCCUCAGAUGAACUUAUGUUGCCUCUCUGUAACCGAGUUGACCAAAUAACAAAUCAAACGUAUAGGGCCCCAUCUUACACCUGGUGCAAAGUGGCACCGAGCACAAUGCAAGUGUCUUUGCCAGCUGUCAUUUCCCCGUCAUGCACCCAUGUUGUUUAAAAAGUAAAUUCACCCGCGCCAUAUGCUUUUGUCCAUGCACUUAGAUUGUUAAAAUGGAGACCAUAGUUGCAUGAAGACCUCGUUCUUUAAAUAGCCUCCUGUUCUUACCAAUAUCAAAUCUAUUAUUGAGAUUCUAGUAUGGAUUCUGCACAAGAUUUAUUGCAUCUUUAGUUAUGCGUUUGCUUUGUCUACAUUUUUUUAUUAAAGGAAGAUUUUACUCUGUGAAAUCAAUAUAAUGGACACAUAUACUAUACUUUCUUUUUUCCUUUGAUAAGAAGAAAAUAAUAAUUCCACAGUCAUAUCAGCCCAUCUAAGUUUUGUGUAAAAACUGAAAACAGGGGAGAGACGUUUAAAAAGAAAAAAAUCAUCUGGAUGAUUGUGUAAUUCAAACAGCUGUUUCCAGUCUUGUUCUUAGCUAAUUGCAAAGCAAAGCUCAGUUAAUUGAAGCUUCUUACUUAACGGAGAUGAGAGUUGUAUUUAUCUUCUCAUCUAUCUCUCAGCAAGGAGACAAAAAAGAGACACGGUUUCCAAAAUGUCAAACUCCUCCUUUAACACGGUCUUAACUUAUCUAGACGAGGCGCGGACAAUGUGCAGCCUCCAGACUGUAUAUACGGCCCACGGGACAGUUUGAUCCGGCCUUAGAGCCGAGGCAGUUCAUAAAUACAACAAACAACCAUUUUUUUUCCUGCGAUAAAAGAAACAUAGAGAGGUUUGGAGUGAUAUACGUGUUCAAUAAUUUAUGUCCCUCGGAGGAUGUUGUAAAAAUCGUAAUGGACCUUGAGAGGAUAAGAGUUCCCCCCCUCCGGAUCCAGACAGAGAGAAGCUGGACAAAAUCUAUGUAUAAAACAAACAAAGCAAAUGUUUGUUGCACAUGUGAAUCACUUUAUUUUGCUCACACAUCAAGCAAGGGUUUAAAAACGGUUUGGUUUGCUUUAAAAUUAACUGUAUCAUAAGUUAUGUCAACACAAAAUGCUAAUUUGCUUGUUAGAACUGACGCUACUAGAAAAAGAAAAAAACAACAGAAAAAGAGGAACACAGAAGAAUAUUGCAUAAUCCUUAUUUAUGACGGCGGGCCUACGCUUACAUUGUCAGAGUUCGCUUGGGGUUUGAGAUACUUAGAAAUAACACCUCAUGCAGUGAGACUUUGUGACGUCCUACAGGCAGCAGAUUGAAAAAGAUAAUUUCACUGUUUACUGACAUCUAAAUGAAUGUAUUACAAGUGCAAUCCGUGAAUAAAACCAUUUCCUUCAAACGUG